UGAGGACACGUUUGAGCUCAGACCUCGUCAUUACUACACCAUCCCCGGCAGCGCCGGCCGACUGCGAUGCGAAGCUGCGGCCCCCCACGCCGAUUACUCUGGUGGCGCUCUCGGCCAUGGCGCCUACGCAGCAGGAGAAGCACUAGUCUAGCCAGGUUUGCUUGCGGGAACAAAGGCUCCCCAGCAUCACCUCUUCCCAUUGCGGUGAGGGGUUCCAGCUCUGGGCCGCCUCGCCCUCAUUCUUCAGACCCACUAUCGUGUCUAGGAGCGCCGCCGCAAACUCAAUUCCCGCCUGGUGACAUGCAGCAACGCGUCCCCAGCGCAACAAGGUCACUUGCAACCGCUGCGUGUGCAGCGUCUACCGAGAGGAUGCUUCGGCAGUCACGAGAGUACGCGACCCAGCGACGUGGAAAUACACCAGCCUCUCGUUGCUUUUGUUUCCAGCUCCCAGGCUCACCGGCGCGAGAGGGAGAGAUGUUUGGACGGUUUGCUGCGGUUCCUGAACGCCGGUGAACCUUUGUCACCUCCCCCACGCCAACACCCGUGGCAAGACCCAACAACGAUCAGACGAGGUGUUCCCGGCGCACAGCCGAGAGCACAUCGUCCCUGUGCUCAGCUACAACCGUCUCCGA